AUGGAUCUCGCCAAUACCCUCAUUCGAAGCGUCGUGCGCGCCUUUUACGAGACUCGACACAUCUUGGUCGUGGACGCGCUCUUCCUUCACUCAGUUCUCCAUGCAGAGGAUCUCGCUUUCUUGAUGGGCAUGCAGCAGAAGGACCUACGCAAACUGUGUGCGCGACUAAGAGAAGAUCGCUUGAUUGGAGUGAGCACACGCGCUGAAAUUCGCGAUGGAUCGACUCGCCCCGUGAACCGAGAAUACUACUAUAUCCCCCUCCAUCCGGUUAUCGAUGCCAUCAAAUACAAGGUCUCCAAAUUGACCUCGACAAUCAAGGAGCAGUACACGCCGAGCGAGGAGCGCAAGGAAUACAUGUGUCCGCGAUGCUUGGCGGAAUGGACUGAACUAGACGUCCUGAGUCUGGUCUCGGAGGAAGGAUUCGAAUGUCAAAACUGUGGCGCAAUCUUGGAGCGUACUGAAGAUCUCAAGGGCGAGGAGGGUAUUGACCGAACUGGUCAUGAGAAGAACAGCAAGCUCAUGGCGCAGCUUGACAAUAUGCUCAAGCUUCUGAAGCAGAUUGACUCCGUAGAGAUCCCGCCCAACGACUUUGACACCGCCUGGGAUCACAAGGUCGAAGUUCCCCGAAACCUCAGCACUCACCCCAUUCGCGCGGCCGUUCCCGUGCCGCCCAAGGCACAAGAUGUGGUGCGCGGAAACCUCAAGACCGAUGCUGCCGCUUUGGAGAUCUCUCUUACCUCCAGCGAAGAGAAGAGUGCUGCCGAACAGGCCGAGGAGGCUGCUCGCAAGGCCGCCGUGGAGAAGCAGAACGCUUUACCCGUGUGGCACACCCACUCCACCGUCGAUGCUGGUGCCCCUGCUCAGGUCAAGACCGAGGCGGGAGUCUCCAUCAAAUCCGAGCUUGAAGAUGAGGAUCAAAAGCCCACCCUGGAUGACUCGAACGACAAGAUUGCCGCAUACUAUGCGGAGAUGGCUAGAGAAAAGGCCCUCCAGGAUGAACAAGAUGCGAGCAGUGCGGAAGAGUCUGACGAUUUCGACGAGGAUUUCGAAGACGUUGGUAUUUCCGGCCCCAGUGGCCCCGGGACUCCGGCUACUGGACCUGGCCCAACCAGCGUCCCUACUCCCUCUGGCCUAUCGGGUAUCAAGAGGGAACACGACACUUCCAGCGCUGCCCCGUCUUCCGUUGGCACUCCAUCCACACCCGCUGACGAUGGGCCUGCGAUGAAGAGGAUCAAAAUGGAGUCUGGUUCUGGUGUCGAGCCUAUCAUCAAAGCAGAUCAUGAUGUAAAGGCCGAGCCAGACGUGAAGGAUGAAGAAUCCGAUGAGGAUGAAGAAGAGUUUGAGGAUGUUUGA